AUGAAGAUAUUUUAUAUUCUGCAAUUGAUAUAUUUAUUACAAGUCCAAUUCAUUAUUAAUGCAAAUCCGAUUCAUGUAGGUAAAUUAAAAAAUACUCAAGAAAUCUAUUGUUCUCAAAAGAAAACUGACUCCGAUAUUAUUAAAUUAUUUCCAUUUCCUGUUCAAUCUAAUCCAAUGUUACCGAAACCUUCAAUGACAUAUGGAUUAAUGACGAAUGGUAGAAUUAAUUCUAUAGAAAUUAUUAAUCAAAAAACCUGCAUUCCAUCGAUUAUUUUUUGUUUAAAAAAUUUAGAAAAAUUAAUUAUAAAUAAUUCAUAUUUUUGUGAUUCGACAAAACAAAUCAAUGGUAAGAUGGAAUAUUUACCAGAACAAAUUAUUAAAUUAGAAAAACUUAAAACAUUAAAAAUAUCUCAUGUUAAUCUUACAUUUCUUCCUGAUAUAAUUGACAAUCUAUCUUCUUUAACAGAUUUAUUAAUAUCCUAUACUAAUUUAGAAGAAUUACCAAAAACUAUAUCGAAUCUUAAAUCAUUAGUAGAAAUAACAUUAAUAAAGAAUCCAUAUCUUCGCUCUAUAAAAACGAUUGAUGGUCUACCUGCUCUUCAAAUCUUAGUUGCAAGAAAUUGUUCAAUUCAAGAUCUUCCUCGUAAUUUACCAAAAUUAAAGGAUUUAUUUAUGUCUUACAAUAAUCUAACAAGUCUUUCUGGUAUUGAAACAUUAAGUAAUAAAGCAAAUAAAAGCCAAACUUUUGAAUUUGAUAACAAUAGUAUUCAAUCAAUUGGACCAGAAAUUGGACAUCUUCGUACUCUUUCUCGACUCCAACUUGAUCACAAUCAGUUACAUAAUCUCCCUACAGAUAUGUUUAAUAUGACGAAGUUAGCUCAUUUAUAUUUACGAAAUAAUAGCUUUCUUCUAAACGAAAUACAAUAUCUCAAAAACGAAUUCAAGAAAGAAAAUUCAAAGCUAAAGGUGUAUUUUGAUUAG